AUGCCCCUCCCAGAUGCGCUGACGUUAUCACAACUUCGCAGAGCCCCAAAAAGCAGCAUACCGAACCCAACUCUGUCCGCUCACAGCGUGGAGGCCGUCCAGAGCCGACCGCUCUGGCGGAACCCAUGGGUCGACGUCACGCUGGCGGACAACUAUCGAGUCGGAGGCUACAAUGUGGACUACUCUGGUCAGGGUUCGCAUGCGGGCAGCCUGAGCCAGCAGCUCCAGCACGCGUAUUCCUCGUCGCCCGUCCACCACCAUCACCAACAACAACACCAGACGCCAUACCAGCCUCACCAUCACCCGCCGCAUCCGUAUCAGCACCAGCACCAGCACCAUCAUCUCCCGUCGCCCGUACAGCAGCAGCAACCGCCGCCGCCGCCGCCGCAACAACAGCAACAGCAACAGCAGCAGCCGCAGCAGCAGGAGCAGCAUCAACAGCAGCCACCCCAGUCGCAGCAGCAGCCGUCGCAGCAGGCCUCCUCCGGCCUCCCCCCGGGGGUGUCGUCUGCCGGUGCUAGUAGAUCCAACGAGCCGUCGCCCCAUGGCCAUCUCCCAAGCCGCUCGAUAGCCGGCGUGGGCCAGAAACAGCCCGAGCAGCAGCAGCAGCAGCAGCAGCAGCAGCAGCAGCACUCGCCCCAGGUCUCCAUGGAUCCGGCCGCCCACCUGCACAGCCACCGGCUCGGCCACGUGCCGUUCGGCGCCGCCAGCUCCGGCUCGACGCCGCUCUACGGGGCCGUCUCGUCGCCGACUCAGUCGCCCUACGCCUCGUACAGCGCGCCGAGCAUCAAGCGAUCGCGGCCCGACGACUUUGACCUCUCCGUCGUGGAUCAGUCGGGCCUCGACAGUGUCCAGACGACGUCGAUGGGAGCCCCGUACGGCCAGGCCGCGGCCGGCGCCUCGGACCAGCCGCCGCCCCUGCAUCAUCACCACCACCUCCCGGACCUCGGCCCGCCCUCCAAGUCGAUGCGCCGUGAGGACUCGGGCGGCGCGCCGAGCAUGGUCGGCCAGGUCGGCAUGCCUUCUCCGGCGCCGAGGCCGCGCGGGCCCAAGCUCAAGUUCACGGCCGAGGACGACCAGCUGCUCAUCGAGCUCAAGGAGCAGAAGAACCUGACGUGGAAGCAGAUUGCCGAUUUCUUCCCGGGGCGCUCCUCGGGCACCCUGCAGGUCCGGUACUGCACCAAGCUCAAGGCCAAGACGACGCUCUGGACCGAGGACAUGGACCAAAAGCUUCGCAAGGCGCUUCAGGACUACGAGAACGAAAAGUGGCGAAUCGUGGCCCACAAGGUCGGCUCCGGCUUCACGCCCGCCGCCUGUCGAGAGCGCGCCGGGCAGCUGGCGGGCGAGGAGCCCGAGCAUCUCUGGCAAUCGCUCUCCCCCAAGGCGGCCUCGCUGCCGGACUCGAUGGAGAUGACGCACUCGCAGCGGCCGUGGUGA